AUGCCGCAGAAUCCUGAGACUGUGCGCACCCACUCUGGCCAAGAUGCUGUUGACGCUUUUACCACUGAGGAACACAAGAUCAAGAAGCCAUGGUGGCACUCCGUCAAGGAGCCAGGUUCAGCCCUACAGAUUAUCCUGGCUGCUCUACUCGCCAUUGCCAUUGGUCUGACCGUGUCAACUCAAGUUGAUGAGGUGCCCCCGGCGGCUCGAGUCAUCCUCUCCAUCCCUGGUGACCUCUGGCUGCGUGCCCUCAAGGCUGUCGUUCUCCCCCUGAUUGUUUGUUCCAUGCUCCUAGCCGUGCAACGACUGCGAGUCAUGUCCAACGGCGGCAGUUCGCUAGCCAAGUGGACGAUAGGAUACUAUUUUAUCACUACCCUGAUUUCCAUCACCCUCAGCUGCCUUAUGACGGGUCUGGUGUGGUCCAAACUCUACUCCACCGUUAGCCCGGACCAACUUGAGCUCAACACAGCGGACGAUUCGCUUCCCGAUACCUCGGAACGAGAAAUCUACACUGUCGUCCUAGAGAUGUUCCAGUCUUUUAUCCCGAGCAACGUCGUCUAUGCUUUGGCUAAUGACCAACUUCUUGGUGUCAUCAUCGUCGCCAUCAUCGUCGGUUAUCUCAUUGAGAGCCCUGAAUCGCCCAUCGUCCGCGUCACCGAAGAGAUAGAGAGGUUGAUCACCAAGAUCAUUACGUUUCUCAUCCAGAUCGCCCCUAUUGGUGUGUUCUCUUUGAUUCUGUCCAAUAUCAUGAAGUUGGACAUCGGCGAGAUUGGCAUGAACUUAGGGUUGUUGAUCGGCGCGACACUCUCGACCAUGUUCAUUCAUCUUUUCAUCGUUAUACCCAUCAUUUUCUAUACCUUUACUAAGAUGAAUCCGUAUCCCUUCUGGAUGAAGUGCUCACCGGCUUGGGUCACUGCAUGGGGUUCUGCUUCUUCUGCUGCCACCCUUUCGGUGACGAUUCGAUGCGUAAGGGAUCGGGGUAUCCCGUCGACUAUUUACAAGUUCGCCUGUCCACUCGGCUGUCUGGUUAACAUGGACGGAACUGCCAUUUAUAUUCCUGCCGCUGUCGUGUUCCUGGCCGCUACCCAGGGUAUAACGCUUAGUGUCGUGGAUUAUAUCAUUGUUGCGCUGCUGGCUACUCUGGCCUCCAUCGGGGUGAGCCCCAUCCCGUCGGCGUCCCUUGUGCUCAUCAUCAUGAUCGCUCGGUCUGUCAAUGUGGAACUCACUGAAAUGUACGCCGUCAUUGUUGCAAUCGACUGGUUCCUUGACCGAUUCCGCACUGCCGUCAACGUUUCUGGAGAUCUAUUCGCUGCCAUGGUCAUUUACAAGCAGACCAAGAUUGAAGACCCGCCGGAGGUGCAGGAGCAGGAGGCCAAGCAGCAGGAAUUGGAUCAGCAGAACUCCGGUACCCAGUUCGACAAUUCCAACAAGGUGUAA